AUGACUUCGAUAGGAACGGGCUACGAUCUUUCCAACUCGGUCUUCUCUCCCGAUGGACGUAACUUCCAGGUGAGUCCAUCAACUCUUAUCCAUUGCGAAUCGCAUCAACUGAUUACCGAUCUAGNNGUCGAAUAUGCCAUGAAGGCAGUCGAGAACGGUGGCACUUGCGUUGGUAUCAGAUGUCGCGAUGGUGUUGUUCUGGCUCUGGAAAAGCUCGUCACUUCUAAGCUGUUGAAGAAGGACGCAAACAAGAGGAUAGCCACUGUCGAUCGCAACAUUGGUGUCGUAUNNGUCUCUACUGGUCUCCUCCCUGAUGGUCGCCACUUUGUCAGCCGUGCUCGCGAUGAGGCAUCGUCAUGGCGUUCUCUCUACAAGCAACCUAUUCCCGUCGCCUCCCUUGCCGACCGCAUGGGCUCAUACGUCCAAGCCUACACCCUCUACUCAUCAGUUCGUCCUUUCGGUAUUUCCGCCAUCAUCGGUGGUUGGGAUUCCGAGCUCGAAGUGCCCGUCGACGCACAAGUCGGUUCAGGUCCAUCGAGCGGCAGUGGCGGCAAGGUGCCCGACGCAAAGGAGGGCGGCCCAUACCUCUACAUGAUCGAACCAUCUGGAUCGUACUGGGGAUACUACGGUGCAGCUACUGGCAAGGGAAGACAAGCAGCCAAAGCGGAACUUGAGAAGCUGAAGCUCACCCCCGACCAGGGCGGCAUCAGUCUGGAAGAGGGUGUCAAGGAGGCGGCAAGAAUCAUCUACGUGGCACACGAGGACAGCAAGGACAAGGAGUUCGAGCUGGAGAUGACAUGGAUCAGCAAGGUUGACGGACCUACCAAGGGUAGACAUGAAGAGGUGCCGAAGGAGAUGCUCGAGGAGGCAGAGCGCCUGGCCAAGAAGGCACUUGAGGGCGAUGACGAUGAGAUGGAGGAAUAA